UUUUCUAUUAAAUUUAAACUUUUAAAGAUUUGUAACAUUUGCGUAAAUUAUAUAUAGCAUAUAUUAUACUUGCAAUGAGGGUAAUUAUAAUUAUUAAGCAGUGAUAUGUGAAUAGGUAAGCAUAAAGGAACUGAUGCAUGAUGAAUUUUAUUUUUAUCCAAACAGCAAGUUAAAAAUUACAAAGGAAAUCGCACCUAACUUGGUUCUCAAACCGCAAAGUAGAGAUAUGAAACACCAUAUCAACAUCAUCGAUCAAAUGCUGCAUAAAAUUCAGAAGAACUCUGAGAAAAGAACAAAGUGCAUAUAUGCGUUUUGUAUGUACUUUUAUGACGUAAUGGUUUUUAUUUAAAAAAAUCAUGAGUUGUGGUGUUUUUUUUACACAUGUUUGGGUUAAAUAUGAAAAAAAAUGGUUUUAAACCAACCUUUGUUGGGUUAUUUUAUUUAAUCUGUAAUCUGGAUUAAAUAAUGACAUUUUCUAAUUCAAACCAACAGAUGGGGUUGUCCAUAUUUUACACAAACUUAGACUGAAAUAACCCAGAAUUUUUUUUAGUGUGUAUGUUAAGUAAAAAUAAAUAAAUGUUAUUUUCGUGAUCAUUUAAAUAGUUUUGAUGAAUGCUUCGAAAGUAUUUUUAUCCAACUAAGAGAAAUAAGUGUUCUUAUAGUAUCAUUCAGGCACAAAUGUAAAAUCAGACUCCAAGCAGGGGUGUGUGUGCAUGUUGAGGUGUCAUGGGAAUUUGACACUGAUUGUAUCCUCUUAGGUGUGCGGGUCGCUUCAAUCACGACUCCUGCCUUGCACGAUUUGGCUACUUACUUUUCCAGAUGUAUUUUUUCUGCGCGCCGGAGGAAAAUGGCCUGAGGUGUUUGUUUAUACAAGACCCUUGGGUUGCUCUUAUCUGUCCAAAGCACUCACGCCGUGAUUUCAGGCCUGCACGGCUCGGAAUUUAGCAGUCUAUUGUUCUGUUGAAUGGCUUUUAAAGAUACGAACGACUCAUUAAAGUCUAAGUUGUUGGAUCUGAUUGAUCUCAUUUCUAACUUUAGGUUUCAGUCUGUAGAAGCAUUUAUUCAGAAGUGCUGGUGAUAGUAGGCCCUAACCAAAUAACUUUCAAAUGCAAAAAUGUAGCAAAGCUGUAAAAUAUUAAAAUUAGCAUUGUAUCGGUCCUAUAUGAUGUAAUUUAUUUUGAUUUAUGAGUUUAUUAUUAUUUUACACAGUUUAUUGCUGCACGUUCCUGACUUGCAGGUUUUGCGUACACGCAACAAAAUUAUAAGCACAACUAUUUUUUUCUCAAGUUGCCAUUUCAGAUAAAUGCUCGAGAAAUUGUAAAACGGACCUUUUCAUUUUCCACGAAGAUGUAGUUCAUCAUUCUAGACUAAUUAAUUCUUCCCAUAUUGAGCUAUUCAAGUUAUCCGGCGAAGUCAUGAUGUAUUUUUCAUAUUGCAAUAAACAAAUAUCGGGAUGCCGGCAUUUCCCAGUAUCAUGCAGUCGUAAAUCUCAGUGUUGUUUUUUAUCGACUGCAUGGAAACUGUAGUACAUAAAAAUGGCCUAUUAAUUUUCAGUGUUGACAGGCAGGAUAUUGCACCAAUAAACGUGCACCACAAAAAAUAUAUAGGCUAAUCUACCGUUCCCAUUCUAUAAUUUUACAAAAUAUGGUCUGACUGAUGUAUUUAUAGCAUCAUUGUUAUUAUUCGGGAUUAGCAACUAUAUACGUUAUUGGAUUUUGCGUCCCCCUGUUAUUUAUAAGAAAGUGUUUAAAACUCCAUAGGCCAUGGAUUUUCUUUUGUCUAAACUUUGUUUAUUUGUUUUAGUAAUCUUUACUCCCCAUAGACACCUUUUCUAUGAAUGAAGAGGUAACAAAUCUGUGGUCGUGACUCCUGUCUGACGUCACGAGGGAAACGCAGUCACGACGCAUUCUUUCACAGGCGCGUGGACACGCCCCAGCGCGCAACGCCUCUUUAUAACGGGCCUGAGUAAAGCACCAACAGUGAACAAAGUUUAAGGCAGCGCUGGAAGGUGAAACAAAUCCCUACUAUCAGGAAUAAGGAAAAUUAAGAUGGAAAUGUAUCAAGCUGGAUUUUACACAGAAGACUUCAGAACUCAAGAAGUUCCUGGUGGAUUUGACUUCAGUUCAUAUGACUACAGUGGUGAAGACCUGUCCUUUUUAUUAGACAGCAAAGGACCCGCCCAACACCAGUAUCCUGAAACAUACCCAGAGACCCAGAAAGAGCAUUUGCAUGGUUCCAAAGGUCACAGUCAAACAGUCGGUUCCGUUGACUCAGGACUGUUUAAUCUGGACACUUUUCCUGAGUUUACUUGCUGGGCGUCCUACACUAAUAUUCCAGAAGGAAUGAUAGCAGACAGACAACAGGUUGGCUUUCAGGAAACUGCUCAGACCUACCAAAACCUUGUCCCAAUGUGUCCCCCAACCCAAAGCAGUCAAUUCAGCCCAGGAAUGGACACCAGCAGCCAUUAUCAACCUGGAAAAGGUCCAAGAUCAUCCGUUACCAACAGUCUGGAACAUCUAGGUGAUACAGAAAGAACAUAUGCUUUGUAUGAAGCAGACCAACAAAGCAGGUCUCCAUACUGGUCAGACUACCCUUCACCGGGUUACUGCACUUCCAUGCUUGGGCAGCCGUCAUCAUCUUCCUCACCUCCAGUUUCUCAACCCUCAGAGACUUACUGCCCUCGUGUGGCCAAACGACGUACUGCACCAUCUCAAAGAUCAGACAGAGAGGGUGACUUAGCACCAAUGUCUGCUUAUCCUGGAUCCGGGCCGAUCCAGCUUUGGCAAUUUCUGCUUGAACUUCUAUUGGACUCUGCUUGCCACACUUUUAUCAGUUGGACUGGAGAUGGCUGGGAGUUUAAAAUGUCAGACCCUGCAGAGGUCGCAAAGAGGUGGGGCCAGUGUAAGAACAAGCCCAAAAUGAACUACGAGAAGCUAAGUCGAGGUCUGCGGUAUUACUACCACAAAAACAUCAUUCACAAAACAGCAGGCAAACGUUACGUCUACCGCUUCGUCUGCGACGUUCAGGGGAUGCUCGGGAAAACGGCACAUGAGGUCUUGGCGAGUCUAAACAUCCCCUCAACAAAUGCAGGGUCUCCACAGUCGACCCGAUCAGAGGAAACCACAGAGUCCUGGGGACAUUAAAGGUGAAGAUCUCUCAUGAUCAAAAAGAACUGGCGAACAUCGUGUCUAGGAUGGAAUCGAUUGACUGUAGCAUUUUAACAUUGAGUCGAUUUGGAUUUUCUCAGACAUUUGGGGACUGCAGAUUCUGCUGCCAGGACAGAUCUCAGAUCAGUGUUAAAUACAUAUAUCCUCAGUUUGUUUGCUGGUAAUGCAUAUUCAUGCAUUCCCAGGAUUUCCUCAAACAUCCACUACAGUUAGAUGCCUUAAGUAAAUAUUGUUAGCUACCUCUUGAUGUUGAAACACUACUUUUGUACAUGUCAUUUUUUCUUAUGUAAACUGAUGCUGUGACAUCAAAUUGUGAAUUCUUGUAAAUAAAUUAAACGUUGUAAAUGUUUCUCUAUAAAA